UGGCUGGAAAAGUCUCUCCACUUGUGCUUAUUCGUAAUCUACGCGCUUCAAACGAACACUGGAUUUAACAUUGACGUGCAGUUCCCGGUCAUCAAAGAGGGAAAAACCAAGGGCAGUUUAUUUGGAUUUUCUGUUGCAUUGCAUAAACAGACCGAAAAGACAAAGAAGAACUUGCUCUUAGUUGGGGCGCCUCAAGAGAAGGCCCAGCCCCAACUCAGCAAAUUCAACAUUAAUGAAACUGGAGCUGUGUAUUAUUGUCCCAUCACUAUUGAACAGGAUGACUGCAGGAGGAUGGACCUCAUCAGUGCACCGCAGUCAACGGAGAUGGUGGAGGGCAUGUGGCUGGGAGUGACCGUGGCCAGUCAAAGGAACGGAGGACGCGUGCUGGCAUGUGGCCAUCGCUAUGUAAAAAAACUGCUGGGCACUGAAGAACAGCAGCGUAUGGUGGGAAAAUGUUACGUGCGGGGCAACGACUUGACCUACGACCCUUCUGAUUACUGGCAGUCGGACACUUACGAGCUGUGUGACUUCAACUAUGACCAGAACCUUGAGGGCAUGUGUAACAUGGGCAUCUCAGGGGGCAUGACGGAGGACGAUGUGUUCUUUGGGACCCCUGGCAGCUUUGUGUGGCAGGGCACUGUCCAUAUGAAAAGCAGAGACACCAACUCAGAUUUUGCUGGAGAUGCCAAUGAAAGAAGCUUCAAUAUGCUAGGCGAGGACAGGCUCAACAUCUACAUAGGUUACUCUGUGCUGGAGGACAUGAAGUUACUGGAUCGCUCUGAGUACACUGUGGUGACGGGGGCUCCCAGAGAUAAUUUCAAGGGUUCAGUGAUCCUGGCAGAAAAACAAGAUUCGGGUCUGAACCCACUGGUGACGAUCCCAGGGGAACAAAUUGGGUCGUACUUUGGCAGCUGUUUGGCGGUUACGGACCUCAACAAUGACGACUGGAACGACCUGAUCGUCGGAGCGCCGUUCUUCUUUGAACGCUACAAGGAGGAGGGAGGGGCAGUUUACAUCUUCAUGAACGAGAACGGUUCCUUCCAGCAGAAUGCCAGCUUGGUUCUGAAGGGUAAAAAAGGGUCAGGGUUUGGAUUUGCUGUUGCUGCAGUGGGGGACAUCAAUCAGGAUGGGUUUCAAGAUUUUGCUGUUGGUGCUCCGUUCCAAGACUCUGGGAAAGUCUUUAUAUGGAUGGGAAGUAAAAAUGGAAUAUCCAAGGAACCCAGCCAGGUAAUAGAGGGGAAAUCAUUAGGUCCCAGUGGCUUUCAGACAUUUGGCUACUCUCUCAAUGGAGGAAUGGAUAUGGAUGGAAAUGAUUAUCCUGACAUUCUGGUGGGCUCCAUGGACGACCGCAUCGCUCUUUUGAGGUCACGUCCGGUCAUCCACCUCUCCAAAAACUUUACAGUGGAGCCGAAGAUUGUGAUUCCAAGCCAGUGUGUUAAUUCCUGCAUAAAGGUGAAGGUGUGUUUCAGUUACACUCUCAGCAAUGGAAACAAAUCCUUCAAGAAGGAAAUCACUGUGAAGUACACAGUAGAUGCUGACCAGAAUCGCCGUGGCGCCCGAGUCCGUUUCCUUGGCGACAAGCUAAGCACAUUUACAGGCCAUCUCUCUUUCUCUGCUCCCGCAUGUCAAGAGCUGGAACUUAGUGUUAUUAGUCCUGUGAGGGACAAACUUCAGCCCAUAGUGUUCACAUUGAACGUGUCCCUCUAUGAGCAGAAAGCAGCAGCACAACAAACAUUACAGAACCUGGACGCUUUCCCUGUGCUGAGCGGCCAGCAGACCCUCACAGACAAAACUGAGAUUAACUUUCACAAGGAGUGUGGUGAUGACAACAGAUGUAGGAGUAACCUGCAGCUGAAGGCCAGAUUUGCUGAUGAGAAUUACAUUCCCUUCCCAAGUCAAACUAUGGAGUUCAACAGUAACAUUAAGAAGCUGGUGAUGAUGGUGGAGAUUACUAACAUGCCAGAUGAAGGCAGGCAGGCCGAGGACGCCCAUCAGGCCAUGCUCAACAUCACCAUUCCCCCCGCACUCAAAUACUCAGGAGUGCGCACUCAGUCUGGGUUUGAUAUUGAGUGCAGCACAGACGAGACUGUCAUAUGCGAUCUGGGAAACCCAUUUAAAAGCAAUCAGAAGGCCUCGUUGAUAAUCAUCUUUGAGACCUCUGGUAUAACACUUUACACAGAACAGAUUGAAUCUCGACUUCAGCUCUCCACUAUAAGUGAACAGAAGGACCUGUAUCCUGUUCCUGUCACCCUCAACGUGAAGAACACAGUCCUCACUACCUUUUCCUUGUACAAAAGCCAGGUGAUUGACACGUCCUUCAGUGGCAGUGUGAUUGGUGAAUCUGCCAUGAACAGCACCAGUGAUGUGGGGAGUCCGCUGGAGUUUGUGUUCCGUGUGCAAGUGCUGGGAGAACCUCUGGGAGAUUUGGGAACUCUGAUGAUUGACUUUGAAUGGCCAUUUGCAGUAACCAAUGGGAAAUGGCUGCUGUAUCUCACAGAGAUAGUGAUCAAAGGAGCGUCGGAGACACGCUGUGUCCCACCGGGGAAGAUUGUCAACUAUCUCAACCUCACAUUGUCAGAGCAAGGUACUAAACGAUCUAAAAGAGAGGCAAGAUCUGCGUAUCCCCAUGCAGAAGCUUCUGUGACUGUCCUGGCUCCUCGUAAAGUGUCCCAUUUGCUGGAGUGUUCAAAGCAGACGGCCCACUGUGUGACCUUCUCCUGCCCGCUGCACAACAUGUCGACUCAGGCGGAGAUCAAAGUCAGGUCACGUGUGUGGAACGGCACUUUGCUAGAGGAUUAUGCCAAUGCCUUGCGAGUGGAGGUAAAGGGGCAGGCCACGUUGAGACUGCAGACAGACAAACCGGCCAUCAAAAUGGACAACCAGACCAGAGAGUUUUCAGUAAACAUUGACCCGGUGCUGGGAGAGGAGUUGCCGUAUGAAGUUCCUCUCUGGAUCAUCAUUGUUGCAGCGGUUGCAGGAAUACUUUUAUUAGGCAUCAUCAGUCUCAUUCUGUGGAAGUGCGGUUUCUUCCGACGGGCCAGCAGGAGGGAGAUGUAUGAGGCCAAAUCCCAGAAAGCAGAAAUAAAGAUCCAGCCCUCUGAGACAGAGAGGCUGACGGAGGAAUACUGAGCCUGCGGGGGCCCUCGGGCCGCUAUGGCAGCACCAUUAGGGUCCUUCGUGUGGUUUCUUCAAGAGGGCUGUUUACUACAGGAUAAUGCCAAAGUACCACGGUGUGAAAGUAUGCAAAGAAGAACGCUAUAAGUGUAACUUGGCCUUUCAGCCCGAGCAAGAACUGAGCAAGAAACUCUGGGUCACC